AUGGCAGCUAUACAACUUGACACUACAUUGGCGGAUUUGUACCGCGACCAUGGCAUCCAGGGCCCAUUCAUUGUAUCUAUGUAUUGCGUCUUCGCUCAUAUGGACUUGCACCCCGCGUUCCCGCGCGAGGUUGUUUAUCCAGAGGAUGAAGAACCAGUGCCGUUCUCGGACGACGAGCAAGAACAGGAUCGUCUGCGGAGAAUAAUACUUGGUCUCAAGCCACUUCGACGGGCCUUUGGGCUUGGAAACAUGGAUGUGAUAUUCUUCAGCCCGAAUGCAACACCAGAUGGCCUGGAUCGUGCAUUAUCGCAAUUACCACCCAGCCAGCGCCAUAAUCCGCGAUUCCUCGACCUGAACCAGGACGAUAUUCGCGAAGAAUUACUUCAGAUUUCUCAGGGGCAGAAAUUGCUAUUCUGGCGACCACAGGCGUGGAUGGAAAGCCACGACUGUUUGGUUGAACCCGGAGUUGGGUACGAUAUCAACUCAAAGAAGUUUUUGACAACAGCGGGCAUACAUACUCCUCGAUCAGUGGUAGUCGAUCUUCAGGAAAUGGACAUUUCCAGUCCUACCAAUAUCAUUAGAUCGAGGCCGUUGCCAUUUGUCGUCAAACUCUGCCGCGCUGGGUGUGGCUUUGGUACUUAUAUCGUCACAAGCCAAGAACGACGUCGCCGGACACUCGAGGCUAUGGGGAAGUACAAGGAACGUGGCGUAACCGAUAUUCUGGUUUCUGACUACAUUGACCUGGUUCAGGACCUCAGCGUACAUUUCCUUAUCGGGGCAGCUGAUAGCGAGAGAAACCAUGACAAUCCAUUGAUAUUAGGUGUCACAGUCCAGACUCUCACGAAUGAUGGGAAAUGGGUGGGAGGUCAUAUAGAUUACAGCGCCCAGCAGGAACUCAAGAGCCUUGUCUGGGAGAGAGUUCGCGAUACUACCAGCCGUAUGCCAAGGACCUUUGUAGGUUGGGCUGGUAUAGAUAUUGUCGUGGGCAAAGACGGGCAACAGUGGGUUGUGGAUCUGAAUGCUAGGUUCACAGGUUCCAUGCCUAUCUGCUUCAUGUCACAUCAUUUCUGGAACGACAGAAGUUUACCGCUGGCCCAGUUUGGUGCUUUUGGGUAUAAAGGGGGCGUGGAUGAAAUUUAUAGUAGGCUAAAACCUUUACUUGACCCCGGCCAAGUCGUGGUCACUGCAACAGCUGCCAUCUAUGAAGGUGAUAAUAUGGCCGAUAUUGUCUGGGGAGGGAAAGAUGCAGAGGAUCUAAAUCGCAUUGAGAUGUGGAUCAAAACGAGACUCGCAGAUGCGCAAGCCCGGCUUUGA